CUAGUAAUUUGAUGUGUGUCCCCGGGGACAUUUGAUGGAUUAAAGCUAAGCAGCUCCAUUUCGCAGCACCACCUGAUCUUCUACUGCCUGUGCCCCAUAUAAAGGCUGGCGUGAUUGCUGAUCUCAGCUAGUCUGACAGUGUCUCUCUCUCCCUCCCCUGCGCCUGUCUCCAUCUCUUCUUCUCCUCACUGGUCCUUUAAGCCGGCUGCAUCACAGGAGCUAUCCAGUGCUGAACGGGAUCACUUUUAUUUAUUUAUUUUUGCAUUUUUCCGGGGGAAGCUGGGGGAGCCAGAGUGCAUUACACAGCAUUGCCAUCAGCGCCGUUCACCACUGGGUUGCGUUUUUUUUUUAACAUCUUAUGUUUUUGGCCACAGUCUCCAUCACAAGGAUUACCGUAAAGCCAGCUCUAUCCGCGUGCUCUCUCAGAAGGUUUUUGUUUUUUGCUCAUGCGUUUUCCGCCACUCUGUGUUAUUAUCCAUUGAAACAUGCCCCGAUCAUUUUUGGUGAAGAAGAUCAAGCUUGAUGAUUUCUCUUCAUCCAAUGCGGCCACCAACAAUCAUCAUCACCACCUCGACGACUCGCUCACUUUUGCGGGCUCCAUCACAGACUCGGUAACCAGCCUUGGUGUUCGUCUGAGUGAGAAUGGCUACAUCCAGGAUUACAUCACGCCAUCUGUAUACCAGGGGGAGAAGAAGAUGGAGCACAAGCCGGUGUCAGACCCGCUGUACACCCAUGUGAGCAGCGGCGGGGAGUACUGUGACCCCGACCUGAAACACCCCGACAGCCCCCAGUCAGGCAUGACCGCCAGCGGCUUCUACAGCGGCGAAUCGGAGGCCCUGUCUGAGGGUUACACCAUGGAUGCCUUCUUCAUCUCUGACGGGCGUUCGAGACGGAAGGGAGACGGCGAGGGUCGCGAAGCGCGCGAGGGGGGUUCGAGAAGCAGCAGCGCCAACGCUGCCGUGCAGGAGAGGGCGAUAGGCACGGCUCGCCACACCUGUAACGAGUGUGGGAAGACGUACGCCACCUCCUCCAACCUCAGCAGACACAAGCAGACGCACCGCAGCCUCGACAGCAAGAUGGCCCGCAAGUGUCCGACGUGUAAUAAAGUGUAUGUGUCCAUGCCGGCGUUGGCCAUGCACAUCCUCACCCACGACCUCAAGCACAAGUGCGACGUGUGCAGCAAGGCCUUCAGCCGGCCGUGGCUCCUGCAGGGUCACAUGCGCUCACACACGGGGGAGAAGCCCUUUGCUUGCGCCCAUUGUGGCAAAGCCUUCGCCGACCGCUCAAACCUCCGCGCCCACAUGCAAACACACUCUGCCUUCAAGCACUACAGAUGCAAGCGCUGCAAUAAGACUUUUGCUCUCAAGUCCUACCUGAACAAGCACUAUGAGUCGGCUUGCUUCAAGGGCUCUGCAGACGAAGACGACUCUGGAUCAGACAACUAACGGCGUGGAAGUCGUAGGAUUUUAGCUUCACAACUGGUAACUCCGAUCACUCUGCCCUCCAUGCCUUUUUUCUUCCCUUUUUUUAGAAAGCAAUAUUUUCACUGAGAUUACGAAGAAGCUCUAACGAUAACGGCAAAGACAAUUUCAGAAGAUGCUGGAUUUUUUUCCCUGCACAGUAGCUAAUGGUCCACAGAUAAAUACAAUCAAUGACCUUUCCUAAAUAGAAACUGUAGAUGAUAGUUGUACACAUAAGCAACUUGCUCAUACACUGACUGAACACACGUAUACACACAUUCACAAUUAUAUACGAGGCCUGGCAUGUGAAUUUUUAUCAAUGACUAUACUAAUAUCGAUAGUAAUAAUAUUUAGAUUCCUGAUAUUUUAUAGCAAAUAGUAAUGAGAAAAUGAAGAAAAAACAAAACAUAAAAAGGACAGUGUUCUUUUGUUUUUUAGAGACAAAAUGACCUCUUGUAUUUUUAUGCUGCUUUUUAUUUGCUAAGAAUUGCAUUAUUUUGCAACUGCCAACAUGAACUUUUUAUGAAAAUGUGAACAAUGACAGUAUUUGCAAAAAAGAGGAGGGGAGAUUGUUUUAAUAUGGUUAAGAGACAACCCCCUUUUUCCACACCAAUGUUAUUUUUCUAUUUGAUUUUUCUAAAAUUAUUUUUUUGUGCUUAAUAUCCCUUGUUAAAAAAGCAUCUUUGUAACUGUGGGUAUUCCAAACCUUUUAAAAAAGCUCUCCAUGUUUCAACUCUGUAAGAGCUAAGAUGUGCAACAGGCCUGUGUAACAGGUCUCACACGCUGUGAACGAAGUCUUCUGACGCAAACAACCAGAGAAACAGAGUAAGAGGUCAAUCAUGUUAGGUGUAGUUUAUUCGUCUAUUGCAAAGAAAACACGCUGUUCUUCCUCCACCUCGGUGGCGUACGACUGCUUCCUGAAACGUGUGCACCGUUUCUCUGAGAAUGAGCUCUCCUCACAUGUUUGGGGUUUUCCUCAUCCGCCAGUGUGAAGACAGGUUGAUGCUAAACUGACUCGCACACCCUCAGUUACAAAGUGACUCUUUUAUAUGUCGCUCAAAGCUCCACCCAUUCUUUAGCUGCAUCUAAUUAUCAUGUAAAUACUUUAUUUAUCUAUUUAUUUAUUUUUUCUAUUUAUUGAAGACUUAAUUGCUAUGUAUUUAUUUAUUUAUUGUUUAUAAUUUAAAAAUAAUCCGAAGAACUUGUAAGAUGCUGCUGCUCUUCAAAGAAAAUGUUUAUAUGCAUGAAAACUGUAGAGAGUCCAUGGGACUUAGUUUUUUUUAAAGAGGAACAAUGUACAGUAUACAGUGCCACUGCUAGCGGAGGUCCAAUUUAUGAAUGCAGAGCUACUUUUGGUUGAUCCUGGCAAUAACUUUAAUGACAUGUUUAACAAUCACAGCUGUCCUGCUUUCACUCAGUUUACGGCAAUAAAAAGAAACAAUGAACAUGAAACAUCAAAAUCUUGUCUCUAAAAAUCUGAUUCCUCCUCAAGACCAGAGAUUUUUCCCCUUACAAGCAAAACAAACUAAGGCAAUAAACUCCCAGAGACAGUGAACCUUGAUACAGACGUAACUCUUCGUGUUUGAUCAAAUUAGAGGCGAGUAACGUAGGUGUGAUCAUGUGAUCAUCGUCACCCAAGGUGUCAAAGGUGCAAAAGCAAUAACGAUGCAAAGUGAUCUUUUCUACAGAAGUGCUACAAGAAAAAAAAGCCGACUGAAAGAGGCUGCUAUUUUAUAUCCUUAUCUUUUGCAGAGCUGCCAUAUAAGAACAGUGAAGCACCACUGCAGUGGACAUUUGUUAUUUGACUGAUAAAUAAAACACAUUUAAGGACCACACGGCACUGGUUAUCUACCUAAAGAGACUGUCCUCGAAUCGAAUACUAACUAGGUUGCUGUACAUAAGACGUAUCUAAAUGUUAGCUGUCUGGGCAGAGAAAGUUUUCAAGUUGAAGUGGAGUGGCACGCUCUAAUGCACAUCCGACUCCCCCUUCAUUCGCCCCCCAAUUCCCCAUCAGCCAUCUUCAGCCCAACUGCUUCUAAACAGACGCACAGAGGAUGAGAUGUGCUGAAGUGGGAUUGGCGGAGGGCGGCCGAGUGUGGGAGGAUAACAGGUGUUUGCAGACAGACUGCAGAUAGGGAGCGUAAUUGAGUUGGUGAGCAACCUCCAAGCGGAAGGUCAAGCACCAGCAGGCAAAUGCACUGUCAGCUAUUUGCAUAUUCCAAAUAGAUGAAAUGAUCGCAGUGACGGCGAGCUCAUCCUAAAAACACCAUAUAGAUACACGCACGCACGCACGCACGCACACAAAACUAAAGAAAAUGACUUUCCGCUCUGUUUAUCCGUCCGCUUCAUCCUGUCGACGGCUGUCUAAGCACCACAGCUGAAUCACUGCGUGAGAGCAUACAAACCACCUGUCUCGCAUCGCCACUUGCACAACACGCCAUUUGGCACGUCGCUGAAUUAUUGAACUUCGAACGAACGCACAAAUCAUUACUUCCAACUGACUCUUUUAUAGGUUUUGUAUUUCGCAGAGGGAAUAAAGUAUUUUUCAAAACCUGGCUAUAUAUUAAGAAAGAUAAAAGCAUCGAGAUGAAGGAAAUGUUGUAUCUUAAAAGCAGCGGCAGGUUGGAUGAGAGACACUAAUUAGCGAGGAGGGCGCUCAACUUGACGAGUAACUUCCAUGUUGUGACCAAGCGGCAUUGUUCCUCUUUAACAAUUUUGUAAAUACAUGUGUAAAUAUAUCACAGCAAUAAUAUGCAUGUAGACAUUUAAUUGCCCUUUUUCUAUCCAUGCUGUCCUUUUUCUUCUGGAAAAGGGGAGAUAAAAACAGGUAUCGAUUACAGUCUGGGUGGCCACAAGAAUCAGGGAGUGUUUUGAAUUCCACACUAUAUGUAAGUUACAAACAAACACAAGUGUAUUUGCAAAGAAUUGAUCAUGCUCUGCAUCUGUUUUUUCCCUUUCUUGUUUUCUUUUAUUUAUGUGCGCAGCUCGGCUGUGCAAAGAAAAGUGCCAAAAAGUAUGAUUUCCAUGACAAAAGCCUUCAACAUAUGGUUGGCUGCUUGAAACCUUCCAUAUGGCCCUCAAAGGAAAAACAACUGAUUAAGAUUUUCCACUUUCUCCCUCUUUCUUUCUUUCUCUCUCUCUCUCUCUCUCUCUCUCUCUCUCUCUCUCUCUCUCUCUCUCUCUCUCUCU